UCUCCUUGAAAAAGAAAAAAAAACCCAAGUUUUUAGUCACCGUUUUACUUAUCUGUAGAAAAAUUUAUUUUGUAUUAAUUUUACUAGACUUAACACUAUACAGCACUAAAUCGUCGAUAAGGCGUAUAUUCCGAGAGUCUCCGGGACAAUUCUGGAUCACGCUUUUAGAUACUCCACAUUGCCGGCCAAAUCGACAUAAUGUGUCACGAAUUGUUGGAAAUUCCGGUGGCCGACGACAAACGGGAUUCGCGUACUGCCGCGUUAAGAGGCGUCGUGCACAGGCAUCAAAGGAUUAUUGCCUUCGCGGACAGUAUCGAGAAUGUAUGCUGUUACAUGGCGCUAAUGCAGUUUCUCUCAAAUACGUUCGUUAUUUGCUUCCUAGGAUUUGUAAUCGUAACCUCGCUGGAUUCCGUCGAUGCGAAUACUGUGUUGCUAAAGGUCAUCCCUUAUUACGUCGUCGUGAACGUAGAAGCGUUUAUACUUUGCUUCACCGGCGAAUACCUGAGCUCGAAGAGUAAGACUAUAAGUCAGGCCGCGUAUGAUUCACUUUGGUAUAAAUUAAAUCCUAGUGAGAGUAAAAUCUUAUUAUUACUUAUGGUGAGGUCUCAGAGGCAAUUAACAAUGACAGCUGGAAAAUUCAUGGAUUUAUCUCUGGAGGGUUUUACAAGCGUAAGAGACUUGCGAUUUUCGUUUUCUUUCUAUCCGACAGUCAUACAUUAUAAAUGCAGGACUUAAAUGUUACGAAUAUUAUCUAUUUUUUAUUAAUUCAUUUUACGUGAUUGCAAUAGCGUGACUUAAGCAAUAAAAUUGCACAUUGUUAAUAAAAUUUAAAUUAUAUCUUUUUCUCGCAGAUUCUAAAGGCUUCUGCGUCUUACGUUUCGGUGCUACAUGCCAUGUAUUGAAACGCAAAACCGUCAAAAUCUUCUACAAACAUUAACCGUUGUCUGACAAUUAAUUCAUUGCAGUGCAAUGAAUGCUUUGAGAAAUGAUCUUAACUAAAAUAGAAAUAAUUAUAAAUCAAAUAUUUGUGCAAGGAUAUCUUUUAAUGUACCUUUACACAUUUCGUUUUCAGGAGAAUCCAUCAAUUAAUAAAAAUUCAGGAAACUGAUUUCCGUUUAUAAUAAAAUUAUUCGGUGACAUACACAUUGACAAACAGAUAUGUAUGCACUAAUCAGCUCUUAUAUUCUUGAAUAGCGAGAGAGAGAUACAUCUGUAAAUUAAUAUUUAUGAAAUAUAUAUAAUUGAUAUUUUUUUAGACACACAACACUAAUUGUAAGUAUGAAAAAACAAAAUUCUCUUAACACUAGUCGCGAACACAGAACACUGCGUUGCGUUUCGCGCAUCGGUCGCGUCGGGGACUCAACUCCCUCCCUUGGGCGAGCUAUCCAUUUUGUUUCCGAUUGUAACUGUAGUGUACAAGCUUACCAUGGUGCACAAGCGUAUCUAACUCCUUUGCAUUUUUAAAGCAAAUAACGUCGUGAUUGCACCCCCGGUGACACUCGACGUGAAAGAACGCAAAACUUAUUGCCUUAACAUCUUUUUCUCUUCGGAACCUGAAAUCAUAUAGUUGCAAGAGAAAUUUCCUCUAUAAUAUACCAUGUGUGUGUGAUGAAUUAUUCCAUUCGGUCAACGACCACCGGAGGGUUGGCCGUUUGGACGACGACCCCUUCAGAAUCCUUGAAGAUUAUUCGACGUUGCGUGGCGAGAUUUCUCCGUCGCAUCAAACUGGUAACAAUGUGGUAACUUUUGGCUUCGAUUAAGGGCGGCAUUAAGGCAAUUUAUUUUGUCAAACGUGCCCGAGAAGUCAUCCUGGUAAUCAGAAGUUUACGCAAAAUGAGUUUUAUGACUACCGUGAGCCCUCAAGUGGAAUUCGGGCUGCGAGUCAUUGGUGUUUGGCCAGGAAC